UGUGUGAUGUUUUGGUCAUCUCAAUCUCAAGUCUUCGUCUUCGAUUCGUCUCAAUCGCAAUAAGUGAUUGGGCAUGGAAAUAACAGCUAACGAGGACUUGACUCAAAAGUAAAAAUAAAAAACUAAAAAAGACAUCAAAAGCCACACCCAUGAAGACUCUCAAGUCAAGCAAGCCUUGUAAUAUUUGUGUAUAUUAAUUAGAGGCUUACCUUAAUACAAUCACCCAAUUUGCAGCCAUGGAGAAAAAGCUUUAUGCCAUUUUUGCAUUCCUCACCAUAACUUUCCAAAUGCUUUCUUCUGACGUCAAAAUCCCUACGAGCCUUGCAACUGAUCAAACUGCCCUUCUUUCACUCAAACUACACAUCACCUCCGACCCUUGUCGUAUACUCGCAACAAAUUGGACCAAUUCGAGCUCAAUCUGCAGCUGGAUUGGCGUCACUUGCAGCUUGCGCCACCCAAGAGUAGCUGCCUUGAAUCUCUCCAACAUGGCUCUCUCCGGCACCAUUCCACCACCGCUCGGGCACCUCUCAUUUCUCGUCUCCCUCGACCUCACCAGCAACCUUUUCCAUGGAGACUUGCCUCAAGAGCUGUCUCUCCUUCGCCGUUUGAAGUUCAUAUCUCUCCGACUCAACAACUUCACUGGAGCAAUCCCUAUGAUGUUUGGCCAGUUACCAAAACUAGAAUACUUGAAUUUACGCAACAACAGCUUCAUAGGUUCCAUCCCAAAAUCGCUCUCAAACCUAGCAAACCUGCGAUCUCUUGACUUAACUUCCAAUUCUCUAAGUGGAGAAAUUCCAAAAGAGUUUGGGAGACUUCAAAGCCUACAAACUCUGUCCGUUCAAUCCAAUCAUUUAUCGGGUGCUAUACCAUCAGCCAUAUUCAACAUAUCGACCUUGGUAACUAUAGCUUUGACAGGCAAUGAAUUGAGUGGAAGUCUUCCAACAGACAUGUGCAGUAAUCUUCCAUCUCUUACUGGGAUUUAUCUUUCUUUCAAUCAGCUGAGUGGUGCGAUUCCCACAAAUGUAUCCCAGUGUUCACGACUUGAGGUUUUGAGCCUCUCUUACAACUCUUUUAGUGGGCAGAUACCCUCGGAAAUCGGAUACUUAACAUCUCUUCAGAUUUUGUAUCUCAGUGCUAACAAUUUGAACGAUAUACUACCACAUGAGAUUGGCAAUCUUCAGAGUCUGGUUGGUUUUUAUGCUGAGGAGAAUGAGAUUGAGGGCUCAAUUGAUUUCAGUAAUUUCCUGAAUAUGUCUUCUCUGCAAGAGAUAUAUCUAUGGCGCAACAAAUUCACGGGGAAUCUUUCAAGGGAUGUCGGGAAUAUUACUACGCUCACAAUUUUGGAACUAUCAGAAAACCAUUUUACAGCUUCUAGCCGCAACGCGAAGAAGAUUAAACAUAUUCUGGAGUACUAUGAAUCGAUUUCCGGCCAAGUUUGCAGUUUGGAAAAAUCGCGUAUUUACUAUGCGAAGGGGGUUACCACUCCAAUGAAGAGAGGCAUUAGUCAAGCUCUGGGUUUCACGCAGGGUGGCGAUAGGGUGAAUUACUUAGGUUCCCCUCUUUUUGUUGGAAGACCGAAGGCGUCUCAUUUCAUUGCCAUCAAGGAUCGUAUUGUGCAAAAGUUCUCUAGAUGGGCGGGUCUUAAUCUUUCUAUGGCUGGUCGAAUAUGUCUUGUCAAUUCGGUUAUUCAAAGCUCCAUCAUUCACACUAUGAUGGUUUUCCGAUGGCCAAAGUCACUUCUUUAUGCUUUGGAUCGCAGCUGCAGAAAUUUUAUCUGGACGGGGAAAACGGAUAUAAAGCCUUCAUGUGCUGUUAAAUGGAGUAAAUGUUGCGCUAUUAAAGAAGAGGGAGGCCUUGGACUUCGUUCUUUUACUGUAAUGAAUAAAAGUUAUCUUAUGCGGAUGGCGUGGAAGCUCAUUAAAGGGGAGGCGUUCCCGCACCGGUUGAUGAGAUCGAGAUAUUUGGAUAAGUUUGGUCAUGCCAAAAAACAUGUGGCUACUUCUUCGGUAUGGGUUGGCUUGAAACAUGAGGUGGACGGUCUGGUGAAUCUUUCUUUUGCAGAGAUCGGAGACGGCGUCAAUGUUGGAUUUGUAUACUGA